GCGACGCCACGCACAGCCCAAACAGCACUCGACUGUCUAGGCGCUUCCCACCAGUUCUUCAUCGUCGUCCCAGGGAGAGAGGCGGAUACACAGGAAAGUAACGUGGUUUGGGAACUCUUGGAAAUAUUCCAGGAGCCUCUGCUGGAAGAGAUGGUGAUGGCCCUGGGUCCCCUGUUGUUGAUCUUCAUGCUGGGUCUGGGUGUGACCCCACCGACCCUGGCUCAGGACGAUUCCAGGUACCAACGCUUCCUGACCCGGCACUAUGAUGCCAAACCACUUGGCCGGAAUGACAGAUAUUGUGAAACCAUGAUGAGGAGACGAGGCAUGACCUCACCCUGCAAAGACACCAACACGUUUGUUCACGGCAACAAGAAAAAAAUCAAGGCCAUCUGUGAAGCUAAGAAUGGAAGACCCUAUGGAGAUAACUUCAGAAUAAGCACGUCCGCUUUCCAGGUCACCACUUGCAAGCACAUAGGAGGGUCCCCCUUGCCUCCCUGCCGGUACCGAGCCACAGCGGGGCUCAGAAACAUUGUUGUGGCCUGUGAAGGGGGCUUGCCUGUCCAUUUUGAUGAGUCCUUUUUCGUUAGUAACAAGCACUCUACUGAUCAGAGCUGAGUGCUCGCCCUUCCUUUGGUUUUUCGCUGCACAUGCCAGUUUCCAUUGAGUGUCUGCUGCCAGCCGUGGCGGCAACAAUCAUUGCCACGAACCCAGAAAAUGACAUACUUGCAGUGUUGCUUUUCUGUUUUACUACGUAUGCUUAAUAAAUGAAAACAUCUCUGAAGUCAGCAAAAAGCA